CCGCCAGCCAACUCGAUAGCCUGAGUCACACACGAAAUUAGUUUCUCACAGUGUUUCGCGUUGAAAACACCGCGUCUUUUCACCGCGUUUCUGCGUCCCACUGAAACACGUGUUUUUCCAAGUGAUAACGCAGCCGAAAUAAAUAACUUGAAUAGCAAAAGUGCCGCACCAUCUUGGAUUAUAAGCCCGGCAUUUUCCGUGCAAUCGAUAAAAAAAUACAGUAAAAAUGGGUGAACGAAGAGGUACUAGAGGUCUAGAGCUCUGGUGCCGAAGAAUGACAGAUGGUUAUCCAGGUGUCAAAAUUGACAAUAUGACGACAUCUUGGAGGGACGGUCUUGCGUUUUGUGCCAUAAUUCAUCACUUUAGACCAGACUUAAUUGACUUCUCAAAACUAAACAAAGAUGACAUUUACCACAAUAACGAACUGGCGUUCAGAAUUGCAGAACACCAUUUGGGAAUUCCAGCACUUUUAGAACCAGAAGACAUGGUGGAAUUUCCUGUACCAGAUCGUCUCUCAAUUUUGACUUAUUUGUCACAGUUUUAUCAGACUUUUGCUGUAACCCACGGCACGGCAGCGACCAGAAUUCCAGCGAAAAGGCCUCAACCCGCCACAGACCAUGGUAUAGUGUCGCCUGCAUCCACAAGUCCACCUACAAAGAUUUCUGUCCACGGUACUGGUAGAAUACGAAGAGAGCCGUGCGCAAAAUGCAACUUACCAGUAUUUAUAGCAGAGAGGUUAAAUGUAGGAAAACAAUUAUAUCAUAGGACAUGCUUUCGUUGCGCUCGAUGCGAAUCCCAACUCACCCUGGCGAACUAUUACGAAACAGAAAAUGGGCAGUACUGCUGUGAAAUGUGCCCGGACGAGGAAAAGCUGAACUUGGACGAUAAUUCCGUGCUCAGUAGGAGCAUAAGUGACGAGGAAAAAAGUGCGUUAAGUAAAAUGAGACACCUCGAAGAUGAUAGUUAUAGUUCCGUGUUCGAAGAGGCCUUGGAGAAUCCGUACGACAAUAGUUUGAAGAAAAAUUCCACCCUCACGAUGGAGUUGAGCGCAGCUAGGUCGCAAUUCUUCGAAAGCCAAGUACUGCAAUCCGAAACGGAUUCCGGAAACGAAGAACCGCCCGAUUUGCCCAAAACAGCACCGCCAGGCGACAACGAGAGCAUACGUAGUAUUAGUGCGUUCGACAGUGGUUUCCCAACGACAAAUAAACUCGAAUUAAGUGUAAAUAAUAGUGUUAGUUUAGAGGAUAAGUUUGAAAAUAUCGUUACCAAAGAUCAUACGAACAGAAAACUUUUCGAUAGCGAUUCAAAGUCUGAUAGUGUACAUAAUGAUGAUGAUCUUGUGCCUUUAGAGCUUCCAGAUGAUUCUCCGCUAGAUUGCAAGCACAGCAAAGAUGAUAAUAACGAAAUAAGCACCAUAACGAUUUCCGAUGACAGUGUAGAACUGGUUUUGGAAAGCAAAACAGUCAACAAUCACUCAACUUUAAGUGAUGACAACAGUUUAAAGACUGUAGAAGAUUUGGAUGAAUCUAUACAGUCAAUUAAGAAAGAGUUUGAUACAUCGACACCCAAUGAAAAACAAGAUGAUGACAAACCAGUGGAUAUAAGAGAAGAUGAAGAUUUGGAUGAAUCCAUAGUUAACUGUUUAAAUACUGUUGAAGAUUUAGAUGAAUCUAUACAGUCAAUUAAUAAAGAAGAACCCAAGGAAAAACAAGAAGGUGAAGACAAUUCUAUAGAUGUUAAAGAAGAAACGCAGGAAAGUAUAGAAGUAAAGGUUGAAGAACCGCCAGAGAUAGUGGUGCCAAAACCGCGUAAAAACAAGAAAAAACUUCUUCAAAAAGAAGUCUCGUACCCCGAAGAUCUAAACCCGUUUGGGGACGAUGAACCGGAAGAAACGCCUCCCAAAACCUCCUUAAACCCUUUCGGCGAAGAUGAAGAUGAAGAUGAAGAUAAAUUUAAACCAACGCCGUCUCCAAGAGCAAAACGAAAGAUCCGAGUGGACGAGCUAAUGGUGAAUACUCCAGAGUCCAGGAUUUACACUCAAAGGCAAAGUGUUAACCCUUUUGAUGAUGAGGAAGAGAAACCGUUGGCUGCUUGUAGAAAGAAGGUUAUUGAAGCGCCUAGGAUCAGUUUGAACCCAUUUUGGAGCGAGGACGAGGAUGAGGGUGCAAAAAUGCCCGUGCCUACGCCAAGGGUUAGUGUGGAGAGCGGAGCCACCACUACCUCUUCAUCUAGUCAUCUGGGGUCUACGUCAAGUCAACCUGGUACCUUGAGGAAGAAGAAGCCUGCUCCAAAGCCGCCCGGGAUUCUUAGGAGCGAUGCCAGCGAAAGUGGGCAUAGUUCGCUUACUAGUAGUCCCAGUCAAAGUAUCGCUUCCACUCCAAGACUGACUCCAAAAAACAGAAAAGCCAAAAAAGCCGCUCCCCCGCCGCCAGUAUCGUCCUCGACCCCCCUACCCCCCAGGAAAUCUCCUGAACUGGACAGCCAUGAUUUGGACAAGGAAAAAAGUCAAAAAGACGAAAUGAAUCGACACAGGCAAAGUCAAAAUUUCAAUGUCCAAAGUCCUACUUCGAGUGAGAACUCCAGUAGUUUGAGCGCGCCCAAUAAAAGUACUUACGGGAAAUGGAAGAGAAAUAAGGGGCAAGCUCCACAAAGACCCAUACCGCAAAAGAGGACCAUAAAGGCUCUUCCAAUGGGCGAAAUAAAAAGGGAGUUGGAGGUGAUAGAGAUACAGCAACAGGGCUUGGAGAAGCAAGGGGUAAUGAUCGAGCAAAUUAUCAGAGAUAAGAGUGAGAAUAAUUCUAGUCCAGAUGAGCCUUUAUCACUUGACGUGGAAGAUUUGAUUCUGCAGUUGUUUGAAUUGGUCAAUGAGAAGAAUGAGUUGUUUAGGAAACAAACAGAACUGAUGUAUUUACGUAGACAACAGAGGCUAGAAGAAGAACACGCGGACGUAGAGUACCAAAUAAGACUCCUGAUGCUUCAACCAGAAGCUAACAAAACCGCCUCGGACAAAAGCAGGGAAGAAGAACUAAUAAGCCGACUGGUGGACAUUGUGGAGCGAAAAAACGAGAUUAUUGAGUGCCUGGAAAUGGACAGGCUAAGAGAGGCGCAGGAGGACGACAGCAUAAACAACCAAAUGAAUAUUUACACGGCGAAAUUGGAGGAGGAAAAAUCCCCAACGGAAAAGCCGAAGAAGGAGAAGAAUAAACAUAAAAUCACAAGGGAGAAAAUCAGGGAGAAACUGCACAUUCUCAAGGAUAAGGAUAAGAAACACAAAGUGGACAUCGAUAAAGAUAUUGACGAGAGUGAACAUUCCUCCAUGUCCACUCUGGAAAAGGACAAAGAAAAAAAGAAGAAAAAGAAGUUCAAUAUAUUCUAAUCAUUUAGAAUCGAAUAAUUAUUUAUUGUUAUCUUAUGCUGUGCUUUAGCAAAUUGUUUUUAUUUAAAUAAGUUAAUAUAGUUUUCCAUUAA